GGGCCUGGGACGGGGCGCAGCUGCUAGAGCCGGGCUCCCGGGGAAGAACGAGCAGUCCGCGGGCGGGGAGGAAGGAAAGCCCGCUUCCUGGGGAUGCCCCUGCAGCCAUGCCGCCCGGCCUGUGUCGACAAGGGCAGGACCCAAGCGGGGGCACGUGACUGCCCCGGGAGCCGCCUUGGCGCGGCGGACCGCUGCACAGGAGCAGUCUAUCCGAACAAUGAGCGUUUCAGUGGCGGCGGCGGCGGGGGCGGCGGCAUGCUUCAAGGCACAAUAUCCUGGCUGCUGCUCUGCUCUGGAUUGCCUCAGUUCCUCCCUGAAAGGCCAGCCCAGGUUCCUGUUCCGGCUGUCUGCCUUCCUGGCACAUGCUGCAGAAUCCAGCUGGACUUCCCCAUGCCGGAGCUCAUCCUGGCCACGGGCUUCCUGCUGGUUCUGGUGACGGAGCACGUGGUGCUGGCCUGCAGCGAACAGCACCUGGACGAAGCCACCCUCCCGCUCCUGCCCUGCCCUUCUCAUCAUCAGCACAGGGAAGAGGCCGCCUCCGCCGGGCGGCACCCCGGGCUGGGAGAAGCCCCCGGCCCUGGCAGCAGCGAAGGCCGCUCCCCCGCCUCGCCCUUCCGCUCCCUGGUGCUGACGCUCUCCCUCUCGCUGCACUCCGUCUUCGAGGGCCUGGCGGUGGGCCUGCAGGAGGCGGAGGCCAAGGUGCUGCAGCUGGCAGUGGCCAUUCUGCUGCACAAGAGCCUCAUUGCCUUUAGCCUGGCCCUGCUGCUGCUGCAGAGCCGCCUCCCCCUGCGCUGGCUCACCGCCUCCGUCGCCACCUUUGCGCUCAUGUCUCCCCUGGGCGUGGGCCUCGGCAUGGUGGUGACCCACAGCCCCAGCCCGGACAGCGCCACGGCCCGCAGCCUGCUGGAAGGCGUGGCCGCCGGCACCUUCAUGUACAUCACCUUCUUGGAGAUCUUGCCCCAGGAGCUGAGCGCGCCUGCCAGCCGCUUGCCCAAGGUCCUGGCUGUGCUGCUGGGCUUCUCCGGGAUGGCUGGCCUGCGCCUCCUGGGCUGAGGCUGCCUGGAGCGGAGCAGCCGCCCUGGGGGUCCUCCUUGCCGAUGGACUGUGGUUGAUGGCGGGGCUGCUGUGGCUCCUCCCUGCCUUUCUCCAGCAGGUACAGAGGGCUGCGCCCUUUGCUGAUUUUAUUAAAAGUGUCUCUUAUUUUAUCAGUGUUUGGAACAAAAGCCUCUCUGCUUCUUAUUUG